AUGGACAUUGAAGCAAGAAACAAAUUUUGCGGUCUCUUGAUGUUCAACACAUCUCCAGCUUCAAACAAAGCACCUGGAUCAAGAAGCAACGACCACGCAAUGCAUAACUACGUCUCUUCCUUCUCAGGCUUUAUCGAUCAACCGGAGCCCUACUACAAAUCACUGGAUUACACCCAAGAAUCUUCAAUAGCUGCCGGAGCUGCCGCACCCGGAGAUAAAGAAAAUAACAAUCAACCUGGAUGCCAAAAGGCACAAGCAGAAAAAAGGCCCCCAAGACCACCAAAUGCCUUCAUUCUCUACAGACGAGAAAAGCAACCAGCGAUUUUAGCUGCCAACCGCCACCUCACCAACGCCGAGAUCUCCAGACAUAUCGCAGAUCUUUGGAGAAAUGAAUCGAACGAGACUCGCUUGAAGUGGGAAAGGUUUGCCGACCAAACUAAGCUCGAACACAUGAAAGCAUAUCCAAACUAUGUCUACCGACCGAACAAGAGUAAGGGAAAGAGGAGACCGGGACGAAAACAACCAGCUGCCUCCACUACUCCAGAACAAUCGACCAGUCCAGUCAUAAGUCAACAAGAAGGCUCAUCAACAGCUGGUCCUGUUAGACCAUCAACUAGAGGACAAAAUCGAGUAAACAUGCUUGGAAGAAGACUUGAAUUAGAAAGCCAAACGUUAAAGAUGGCUGCCACCGACUUUCAGUCGAUGCUAUCCACUGCAGUAAUGAAUCCAAUAACUCCGCCUUUAGAAUCGGCAAACGCCAACACUAUUCGGUUUGACCCCCUGAACAUGGCGUUCACCGAUGGCAACGUCUCCGCCGAUGAAAUUCAGUUAACUCCGAUCACUCCUGUCUCUGCACAACAACAAUUGAUGGACAUAGAAACUCUUGGUCAAUGGAGAAUGGUUCCAACACAAACUGAAACGGUUGAAAAUCAAGGCAAUAUUUUGUUUCAACAACCCCCAAUUUUCCACACCUUUCACCAACAAACCGUUGACCCCUCAGUGUUGUUCUUAAACAAUAACGACACCGCACCCACCAUUUAUGAUCAUCCCCCCACCUAUCCUCAAGAUUCCAAAAACGUCUCGCCCCAAAAGACCAACAAUAUUGGUGACACCGAUGUUGGAUUUUCGGAGUUCCGUGAUAGCUCCACUGUUCACAAUCCGGUAAUCGCCGACCUACUUUCGAAACUUGAAUUCGAUAACUUUUUUGGUGGUGCUGUGAAUACCCUGAAUAGCAAUGGUUAUUGA